AUUCCAUGCUCAUUUCCAUCGUUGGAAUGGCACUGUACACGGGCUACGUGUUCAUGCCUCAGCACAUCAUGGCAAUAUUGCACUACUUCGAAAUUGUGCAGUGAUGAAGAGCGUAUUUUCAAGAAGUAAUCGGGCUUUGAGAUCUAGUCUGCGAAGAAGAAGGAGCAUCUUAGUUUUAACAAGACUUCUGCCAAUGUCAGAAAGACACAAUUACGACUCUGAAGACUAGCAAACAAGAUAUGUAGAGCAGGGACAUGAGGUGUCCCCUAUGUUGUGUUCAUUCCUUUUAAUUUUACAGAAUAGGCCCUUGUAUAGUAGUUUUGUCUACUUUAACAUUGUGAUUGUACUUUGAUAUCAGUAUUUUCUUAACUUUGUGACAGUUUCAAUAUUGCACUGUGAAAGCUUUUCUUAAUUGUAAUUUUGAGUAAAUCUUACUUGCCUUCUAUUUUUAAUCGGAAAGUCAUCUUAUUAAAUGGGGCUUAAAGCUUUUGCUAUUGUAUGGUAUGUAUUUGCCUGGAUAUUUCUAUUAAUGCAUUUUGUAAGAAAAUACAUCUAGAUUCAUAUUAGAGACGUGGAUAUAUUCGUCUUAACACUAUUUGCAGAAGUUAGUUUGUACGACUGAACUCAGGUGUACUGUUUGCUGUCCAAACUUUGUUCAACAGUAUAUUUGUGCGUAUCACCUACAUUUGGAAUUAGCAGUUACUUCAAGUUUCUGUAUUCCACCUGUUGGAGGAGGGACGGGAGAUGAGGCAUUGAGGCAGGACGAAGACUCUUAUUUGUUAUGUUUGGAGUAGUGCUGUGGUCUGGGGCUUUAUCUAGUAGGGGGGGAAAGUACUUUUCUUUACUGACAUAGGCCCACAUAUGGCUUUGGGAUAGCACUUUAAAUCAACCCUGUUUUUCUAGCUACCGACUCAGUUGUACUUUUACAGGAUGCUUUAUUAUGUCCCAAUGGUUAUGGUUUCUGCUAAUGUUCAUUCAACAGUGUAACUAUGUCUAGGUUUGAAAGGGGUUUUCUAUUGCUGCUAGUGUUCCAAACAUGUUUUCGCUACAAAUGACCAAAACAUAAAUGGACUUGAGUUACAACUACAGCAAUAAGUAGCUGAAUACUUGGCUGAAGUCCUGGCUUUUUUUUAAUAGGGAUUUUUUUCAGUUUUGUAUUCUGAAAUGUAAGAUGGUGACAACUUUCCUAAGUGGAGGGGUUUUUUUGUUGUUGUUUAAAAAAAUAAAAGUUUAAAAGCAGAGCUUUGAUGCA